AUGGCUGAUAAAAGCAUCUCCGAAAAUGACCAAUUUACUGCUGCUCAAAUAAGCUACAUUAUCGAAAGCACCAUCUAUGCUCUUGCUAUGUUAUUGGGCAUUGUCGCAUGCUGUUACACAUCACGCAGGUUUAAUUCCAACUGCAGAAGACAUAUUGUUUUGGCAGCAAGAUUGGUAAGAUUUAAAAUAAGCCUGACAGUAGCAGAUCUCAUUGUGCUUUAUGUCUAUGCUCCAACACAAAUCAUUUGGAUUACUACUUAUAAUUGGUAUGGCGGUGAUUUUCUAUGUCGUGCGACAAAAUUCAUCAAUACAUUUUCACUUCAUCUAACAGCUAAUAUGCAAGUGCUUAUUGCUGCAGAUCGUUUGUAUAUCACAACGCAUUUACGUCAAAUCCAUCAAAAAUCACAUUUUGCAACGAAUCAAAUGAUAACGCUAGCAUGGAUACUGGCUAUCGCUUGCGCUCUACCUCAGUUUUUCGUCUUUCAUGUAUAUGUCUUACCAGAUGGUAAACCACAGUGUGUUUCUGUUUGGACAGUGAUGAGGUUUCGUGAAUAUUUGCAACAGGAAGUAGCACAAAAACAUCAUCUAAAACAAACACCAAUGGAUUGGAUCACUACUGAUAUCAACAUAACUUUCGCAAAAGGAUUUGAUCAUAUGAGUAAUGUUGGUGAUAUAUCACUAGUGAAUAGCGAUACGCUAAAAGUUUUUGAGCAUGCCUAUAAUGCACUUCAUUUGUUCUCCAUUUAUAUAUUACCGUACUCAGUUGAAUUACUGUGUUAUGCUAUAAUGCUAAUUCUGAUGAAGCAAUUCCACAGAGAUGGGAACGAUAAGAAGACUCGACAAGAACGGCAUUGCUGGUUUCAACGAACAAAACAUAUGUCGAGGAAUUUUACUUGCAAAUUCUCCAUUGGUGAUAAUCCUAGCACAGGAGAUUUAUUGCGACAUUGGGAUGCAAACACUGGAACCAAUGAUGCCAGUACUAUUGAUAUAAGUGGUAAAUCUAACCGGAAACGGAAUCACCCUUUGUCCAUGCCUACAUUAAAGCUUUUUAAUCGACGAUGUAAUGAAACUCUGGCAAUAGAAGAAGCAAAACAGCGACGAUCUUCAGUUGCGUGGAAAAAUACGGUUGCUUUGGCACGGCGGAAAACUCGACGAAAAGCUUUUCUGAUGCUUACACUAAAUAUGAUAUUUUGGACACCGUAUUGUGUCAUGGGUAUUUUGAGCACCGUUAUGGAAUUUGAUCAUUCUAGUUACGAUUUCUUGAAUGCUCUUGUUGUCCUUAAUGCCGUUUCCAAUUUACUACUUUAG